AUGAAGUCGUCACUCAUCGUUCAGCUCUUCCUAUGGGGCGCCGCCACGGUGUCGGCCUCACCAGUCCACAACUCUAUAUACAAGAAGCCUCUAUACAAGCGACUGAAACUUGUUGACCUGGCCCAAUUCGGAGAAGGCUUUCACACCAUCACCUUGGAAGAAGCAAAGGCCAAUGCCGCCAAGAACAAUGCCGAACAUGCCGGCCUCCUCAGCGGCAUAACGGGGUCCAACAGCAAGGCGGCCAACACGGUCGUCCACAACACGGCUGCUUCGACAGACUCGGGAAACAACGCCACGGCCGUCAAGGCGGCGGCGGCGGGCAACUGCACUUCUCCGGCCACGCGCGUCGAGUGGCGGUCCCUCUCGGACGCCGACAAGCUGGCCUUUGUCGGUGCCAUCAAGUGCCUCAUGAACCUCCCGCCCUCGGGCGCCUACUCGAGCGCCGGGUCCACGAGCCGCUACGAGGACCUCGUGGCCGUGCACUCCAUCAUGACGGACUCGAUCCACAUGGUCGCCCAGUUCCUGCCCUGGCACCGCUACUACGUGCACGUCUUUGAGUCCAUGCUGCGCGACGAGUGCUCGUAUGCCGGGCCCAUGACCUGGUGGAACGAGCCGCUGGAUGCCGGCCACUUUUCGACCUCGCCCGUCUUUGGGGCCGACACGUUUGGUUCUGCUCCUCUCAAGACGUCCGAUAACCAAGGAACGUGUAUAGACGAUGGGGCCUUUUCAAACUUGACCUUACAUAUUGGUGGCGAGCGCUGCCUCUCACGUGCUGUAGACGAGACCGCAACAACGCAGUGCAGCACCGACUUUGUAAACAGCUGCAAUUCAAACAACAAGUAUUCUGACAUGGAGAGCUGCUCCGAGUUUGGCCCUCACGGGUACGGACACAAUGGCAUCGGCGCAGUCAUGUCCUUUGUGUCGAUAUCGCCCGGUGACCCCGUUUUCUUCAUGCACCACGGCUUCGUCGAUCACAGCUACGUCCUCUGGCAGAAUGCGGACCUCACAAACAGAUUAAAUCAAGUCAAUGGUUGCACCGACUCGGCAUGCUCUAGCCAGCUCACCGCCGACUAUGUGCUUUCCUCCCAAGGAUUGCGACCAGAAGUCAAAGUCAGUGACGUUUUGGACACGCAGGGUGGCUAUCUCUGCUACGUCUACGACUCGUAG